ACGGCACUCCCCAUCCUCAACCUCUGCCAACCUCGCCUCACCUGUGCGCGCCCACCAUGCCCAUUGGCGACGACAACGUAGUCCAAGCGACUGGCUUGGACCACGCUCUGGUGGAUCGCUCUGGCGACCCUGAGCGCAAGAAUCCCGCCCUCCACACCACGGGGCCGCCCACCUACCUUCAUUCCGAGGGCAAAGCUGGCCUCCAGGAGCACUACAUUGGCGAUGUCGAGGAACUCCCAACCGAGGAGGAGCUCAAGACGCUCCGCCGUGUCCCCGCCCACAUCCCAUGGAAAAUCUAUACGAUUGCCUUUGUCGAGCUCGUCGAGCGCAUGUCCUACUACGGUACUGUCGCCGUCUACUCCAACUUCAUCGCCAAACCACUGAAGACGCCAACGGGAGCUGCUCUGAAUCCCAAAAACGAAAAUGCCCAACCCGGUGCCCUGGGCAUGGGAAAGCAGGUCGCCUUCAGUCUGACCACCUUCAAUGCCUUCUGGGUCUACUGCUGCCCUCUUCUCGGUGCCUGGAUUGCUGAUACCUAUCUUGGUCGCUUCAAGACCAUUGUCUACUCCGUCAUUGUCGCUGAAAUCGGCCAUCUUAUCCUCGUCGGCUCUUCUGCGCCAAGUGUCCUGGCCAAGCCAGACAGCUCCCUCGCUGCCUUCAUCAUCGGUCUGAUCGUCAUGGGUCUCGGAACGGGCACAUUCAAGCCCAACAUCUCUCCUCUCAUUGCCGAGCAGGUGCCCCACGAGACGAUGCGUGUCGAGACGACUGCCAAGGGCGAGCGCGUCAUUGUCGACCCCGCUGUUACCGUGACCCGCAUCUACAACUGGUUCUACUUCUUCAUCAACAUCGGCGCAUUGGUCGGCCAGAUCGGCAUGGUCUACGCGGAAAGAUAUGUGGGUUUCUGGCUUGCUUAUCUGAUCCCUACCGUCAUGUUCAUUGUGUGCCUCCCGGUGCUUUAUUUCUGCAAGAAGUUCUACGUCCUGAAGCCGCCGAGUGGCAACGUCAUGGGACCGGCCUUCAAGCUGCUGUUCAAGGCUCUCGGAAACGGCCUCAGCCUGAACCCCCGUACCACCUGGAAGAACUGGAACAGCGGAAACAUGUGGCAGAGCGUCAAGCCAUCGCACCUGGGCGCCAACAGGCCCAAGUGGUACAACUUCGACGACGCCUGGGUGGACGAGGUCGCGCGUGGUUUCGGCGCCUGCUCCGUCUUCUUCUGGGUGCCCAUCUUCUGGCUUGCCUAUCGUCAGAUGGACUCCAACUUGACCCAGAUGUGCAGCACCAUGGCUCUUCACGGUGUGCCCAACGACAUUCUCAACAACUUGGAUCCUAUUGCGAUUAUCAUCAUCGUUCCCAUCAUGGACAGUCUUGUCUACCCCGCGCUCCGCAAGCGAGGUAUCAGGUUCACCCCCAUCAAGAAGAUCACUGCUGGUUUCAUCCUCGGUUCUUUCGCUAUGGUCUGGGCUGCCGUCCUUCAGUACUACAUCUACAAGACUUCAGGUUACUACCAGAACCCGACCGAUGAUUACAGGUCCCCCAUCAACGUCUGGUCCGUGGCCGGUGUUUAUGUGCUCAUCGCCAUUUCCGAAAUCUUCGCCUCUGUUACCACUCUUGAGUAUGCCUUCACCAAGGCCCCCAAGAACAUGAGGUCUCUCGUCCAGUCCGUCCAGCUCUUCACCACCGCCUUCUCCGCCGCGCUUGCCCAGGCCUUCACUCCCCUGACGACCGACCCCAAGCUCGUCUGGAACUACGGAUCCGUGGCCAUCAUCUCCUUCGUCACUGGUAUUGCUUUCUGGUUUGCGUACCGCAGAAUGGACAAGGAGGAAGACGCACUGAACUUGCUUCCUACCGGUCAUAUCGGAACGGCGCACCAGGCCGAGGAUAUCGAGAGGCGUAUGAGCGUAGCCACCGAGAGGCGCAACAGCCUUCCCGUCAACGAGAAGAUUUAAAGACAUGACCCGAAGUUCAUUAUGAAUUAUCCCCUGAUAAUGCCUGAACAUAUACCCCCAGCUAGAGCCGUCCAAGGCCAAUGCUAACCGGAAUGUCUUGAGUAAGCGAUUUCCAAUGUAGAAUAGCUCGCUCUUUCACAUAAUAAUACAUUCACUUUCACACUCA